CUGAGCUGCAUCCCACGGCUCUGCAUGUUUUAGCAGUGGUAUAUGGUGGGUGUCCUUCAUAGACACGUAGUACAUUUAGCAGUGGUGUAUAGUGGGUGUCCUUCAUAGACACGUAGUACAUUUAGCAGUGGUGUAUAGUGGGUGUCCUUCAUAGACACGUAGUACAUUGCAGGUGCCUGCUUUCCCUGUGUGACACGAACACUGUCCACCCCAGGGGUUCUUUGGAUCUACCUCCUCUCUGCCUCAGCUAGGUAGCCUUUUGUAUUAUUCUAUCCAGGAUGUCCAGAGAAACAGCGGCCUUGGCCUGUCGUGCUCCAAAAGGACAAAGUGGGCUCAGCUUUGUGAAAACUGAAGAGAAAGAUGGUGUUUGGAAGCAGGACUUUGGUUUCCAGGGACACCUCCAGAGCCAGGAGGUUUUCCGUCAGCAGUUCAGACAGUUUGGCUACUCUGAUUUCACUGGGCCCCGGCAGGCUCUGAACCAACUGCAGAAGCUUUGCCAGCAAUGGCUGAGGCCAGAGGAGCACUCCAAGGAGCAGAUCCUUGAGCUGCUGGUGCUGGAGCAGUUUCUGACCAUCUUGCCUAUGGAGCUAAAGGCCUGGGUGCAAGAACACGGGCCCAGAAAUGGAGAGGAGGCUGUGACUCUGUUGGAGGAGCUGGAGAGAGAAUUUGAUGAACCCAAGCACCAGAACACAGCUCAUGGUCAAGAAAUGAUCUGCAAAGAAACGACACUCAUGGGAAUGUCGGAGUCUCUGAGUAGUCCACUGCAGUCCGUGGAAAACCAUUGCAAGAGUGAACCUCAGGAGCCCCAGGUUUUCCAUGAGAGAGACAAGGCGACCCUACCAUUUAGGGUUGAGGAUGAAGACAGCAAGAUGGCAACUGGGAAAGCAUUGACAGCAAAGCAAGAAGGGAUUGAAUGUGUUGCAUCAGUGGCCAUGGAAUCUCCAGGAAGACUUCCUAGGGAAACUUCUCCAGUACAGAGAGUUGAAGAAACUAUGGAAUUUCUGGACAACAAUGAGAAGCAACAAGGAAGUGAUGAUACAAACAACAAAAUGAGUCCGCUUUCUUCUCAGGAAGGCGGUUUCAGUUUGGCACCCUUUAGCAAGAAAACGCCUACAGAACAGAACAUCUUUGAGUAUAAUGAAAGUGAAGGGAUCCUUAGUCAAAGCUUACAUGGUACUACACAGCCCAGAACUCACACAGGGAAACUGCUCUAUGCGUGCAUGGAUUGUGGGAAAGCUUUUUGCAAUAGGUCAAAGCUGAUUAGACAUCAGAGAAGUCAUACUGGAGAGAGACCUUAUGCAUGUAAAGAAUGUGGAAAGGCCUUUGGUUUCAGAGCAGACCUUGUUAGACAUCAGAGAAUUCACAGUGGUGAAAAACCCUAUAAAUGUUGUGACUGUGGAAAAGCUUUUGGGAACAACACAGGGCUUACUAGGCAUAGGAGAAUUCAUACUGGAGAGAAACCUUAUGGUUGUGAUGAGUGUGGGAGAGCCUUCAGUCAGUGUUCUACUCUUAUUCAGCAUAAGAAGAUUCACAGUGGAGAGAAACCUUACAGUUGUGAAGAAUGUGGGAGAGCCUUCGUCCAGAGUUCUGCUCUUAUUCAGCAUAAGAAGAUUCACAGUGGAGAUAAAGGCUUUAAAUGCACUGAAUGUGGGAAAACUUUUUGGACAAGUUAUGUUCUUAGGGAACAUCAAAGAAUCCACACUGGUGAGAAACCUUAUCAAUGUAAUGAAUGUGGAAAAUCCUUUAAUAGAAGCACAGCACUCACUGUGCACCAGAGAACUCACUCUGGGGAGAAACCUUAUGAAUGUAAUGAAUGUAGGAAAACAUUUAGGCAUAGGUCAGGCCUUGUGCGACAUCAGAGAACACACACCAGAGUUAAACUCUGAGGGUAAGUGGUUGUACAACUGUGAAAUAUAAGGAAUUCUCUUUGAAGGCGAGACUCCACAGAAGAUAGAGAAGUUUCCUAAUAGCAAGACUUUUGUCUUUCCAGCCCAGUUCUUUCUGAAAAAAGAGAUCCACACAAAAUGCUUGCAUAUUGAAAGAAGAAUUUUAUCCAGAACUUGUCUACAAAGAAUGGUAUUUUCUAAGGGGGGAAAAGACUGACUCAUUUCUGGAUGAGGACUCUCACCAUCUGCUCUUCAAUGCAGAUAGAACUGCCAUUGAGCACCUUCAUCUCAUGUUGGUGUCCACUCCGUUUCAUAAAGACUGAAACUUAAGAUCAUCUUCAGCUCUUUAACAUGAGAAUAUAGUCAAGAUAACUGUGUAUGCCUGCUGAAUUCAUGGGAAAGCACUAAUGACCAAAGCUGUUAACCACUUACAAGACUCGCUUUUCUCAGCCGUAGAUCUUUAAGCAUGUGAGUUACACAGGAGACUGGAAGGGGACUCUUCUACAUUAUGAAGCAGGUAAGUCUGCACUGAACUCAUCAACAGUGAAAGAUCAGAGUCAAGUUUGUUAGACUUGAGGCAGGGAUGUUAGAGAAAGCAAGUACUUAUUCUUACAACUAUUUUGGGCUAUUUUUGUUCCCUACCAGCCUCACACAGGGCUGGGAUCAAGCAUGGGGCCUUAAACAUAGUAAGCUUAUGAUUUACAACUGAAUUAUUCUCUAGCCCCUUGCUCUAUACGCAGUAUUAGAUUUUGUAGUAAAACUUGAAAUAUAAAAAAGGACAUUACCUGUAGCUUUACCACCCAGAAGUAACCACUGUAACAUCUUGACAUUGUAUGUUUCUAUUUUAAUGCAUAUGUUUUACAUGGGGUCACUGUUGUAUAGAUUAUGUAUUUAAUAUAUUAUGAAUCUUCAACACAUUUUAACAGCUAAGACUGCAUAGUCAUGGUUUAAAUAUAUUUCUGGGUAGAAUUUCAAAGACAAAGGCAGUGAGUGCUUAAGGCUUCUGAUAUUGAUUGGCAGAAAUAUGCAAUCACAUCCAUCAGCAAGAGAGUCCUAAUUUGCCUGAAUCCUUAUUAAUUUUAUAUGAAAAACAAGUAUCACUUUCAUUCUUGCUCCAAUAUGAUGGUGUAAGACCGAACAUAAAUGGGUUGUUGAGUGGCACUUUUGGGAUCUGUUUAAAUGUUAAUCAAUUUUUUCAUGGAUAGUGUUAAUGUGCCCCCAGAAAAGGGUUCUGAUUUCAAAUUCUGACCUUGUAACUACGAGUCUCCAUUUCCUAUGUACAAAAUAUGAUUUGUACUAAUGACUAACACAUACACAAAGCCCUUGGCAAGCACCUGUUACAUCUCUCUCUGAUCUAUGUGAGAGCUCCAGAAUAUUUCCCUUUUGUAAACAUUCUCCUACUUAACAACUACAUUAGGCAUUUGGCUUGUUAUUCUUACUGGUUAGUACAUACUCACCUAUAAAUGUCCAAGACAGGAUUACUUUUGUGUCCUCAUAAAAAUUAUUUUUCUCUUUUUA